CGGUGAACACACGACAAUAUUACAUUUGUCAAUAUUCAUAUUAUUAUUAUGUAGACUCAAGACAACGAUAGACGACAACAAAAAAAAAGCAAUAUCUAAUAAUAAUAAUAUGAAACACAAUGCACACAGAUAAUUAGAAAUAAUUAGACUACAAAAUUCAGAUGAGCAACGUCAGUGGUAUGGCGGAAGAACAGCACUUGUCGUAUCCACUGCACGAAUGUGUGUUCGAAGGUGACGUACAAAAGUUUGCACGGUUGAUGAGAACGGAGGAUCUGUCGAAAAAAGACAAACACGGUAAUACGGCACUGCAUUUAGCCAUCAUGCUUGGUCGUAAAGAUAUAGUGCAAUUGUUGCUUGCUCACAAUGCACCAGUGAAAGUAAAAAACAUAAAUGGAUGGACCCCUUUGUCUGAAGCAAUUAGUUAUGGAGAUCGUCUUACUAUUAUAUCAUUAUUAAAAAAAAUGAAACACCAAGCAAGAGAACAGAUUGAAGAAAGACGACCUAAUUUAGUAUCUGCGUUGAAACAAGUUGGAGAUUUCUAUAUGCAAAUAAAAUGGGACUUUCAGAGUUGGGUGCCUUUAGUUUCUCGAGUUCUACCCUCAGAUCUUUGUCAGAUUCAUAAAAGAGGCACAUCGUUUAGAUUGGAUACAACACUAGUAGACUUUGCAAUGAAUGACAUGAAAUGGGAACGUGGAGAAAUUACAUUUCUGUUUGAUGGUGAUGCUAAACCGCCACAUUCUCUUAUUGUCAUGGACAACAAAGCUGGUGUUUACCAAAGAGUCAGAUAUUUAGAAACUGAAUCAGAGAUUGAAGAUGAAGUUGAUUUAAUGAUGAGUACUGAUAUAGUUACUGCACAAAUGUCUACAAAAUCAAUAACAUUUUCUCGUGCCCAAUCGGGAUGGAUAUUUCGACAAGACAGAAAAGAAACCAUUGGAGAUUUCAAUGCUGAUUUUUAUCAUAUCAAUGGAUUAACAUUAGAACAGAAAAAACGAAGAGAACACUUAUCUGAAGAAGAUCUACAAAAAAAUAAAGCAAUCAUAGAGAGUUUAACUAAAGGAGGAUGCGCUAUUAAUAUUGAUUGCAAUGGGGAACCUGUAAGACGAGAAUCACUUCUUCCCCCAACACCUGCAUUAUGUACAUGGAAGGAGUAUUUUACAUCUCCGGCAGGACAACAUCCAACCCUAGCGAGAGAAAUGGUUUUUAAAAACACAACUAGAGGAUUUAAAGCUACAGUUGCUAUGAGUAUGGAUUUCCCUCUAUCAGUUGCUAUGCUAAUGGAUGUACUUGAAGUUACUGCUCCAUUUAAACAUUUUGCCAAAUUACGCGAUUUUGUGAAUUUAAAAUUACCACCAGGGUUUCCAGUCAAAUUAGAUAUUCCAAUACUGCCAACAGUGUCUGCUAAGAUCACAUUCCAGGCUUUUGAGUUUCGCGAUGACAUAGAUUCUGAUCUUUUUGAAGUACCAGCAAACUAUGUUGAAGAUCCAUCUAGGUUUCCAGAUUUAUGACGAUUUUUGGGUUCCACAACAUUAUCAUAGAUUAAAAACUAUUUGAAGAUGCCAUCAAAUCAUAUUAUAGUUUUCUCCUAGGUUACAGAAUUACUAAAGCCUGGUGACAAUUCAUCUGAUCAAUAUAUUAACAUCAAUAUAUUAUUGUGAUAUGUAGACGGCACAUCUGUAUUCAUUGCUUUAUGUAACUCUUACCAACAAAAAUUCUUAAGAGAAAAAACUCGGAAAUUAGUGACUAUUAUUAUUUAUUAUUAUUUAUAUAUCUUUACUUUUUGAAAUUUCUUUGUAAAACAUUAUUUAAUUUUACUUUUUAAUUGUGCACAGAGUUUUUUCAAAUUGUAAUAUUUCUUGUGAAUGUGUUAAAAAAUAAGUUAACUUAUUUUAUUUAUUUAUUCGUCCUACAAUUUCAAAUUAUAUUACUAUAAUUUUGUUAUUUUAUUUUUUAUAUUUACUUAAUGCAUUUAGAGUUUGUAUUUAAUUGCAUUUGAAAAGUAUUUUUUUUUUAUUCUUCCGAAUUGCAACUACAGUAUUUAUUGCUAUUGUUUUGUUUUUUUAAGGAGGGGGACUUAAAAAUUAGAUUGUGUACAAUCUAUAUGUAUUUUUUUUUUUUAGGUUUGCUAUAUACAUAAUUACACAAUACUGGUGUAUUGAAUUAAAUGAGAUAAUUAUCAUUAUCUAAAUUAUGUAUGUUAUUUAGAAUAUUAUUUCCUUAUCUCAACAUUGUAUACUUUUAAUUUUUAUUAUUUUUAGUGGCACUA